CAUCAGAGCGAAUAUAUAGCCCCUGCCGAUGCUCGUAGAGAAUACAUCUCUGGCUUUUCCGGCUCCGCUGGAACUGCUGUUAUUACUCAAGAGAAGGCCGCCCUGGCUACCGAUGGGAGGUACUUCAACCAAGCCGAGAAGCAACUCGACGACAACUGGACUCUGCUCAAACAAGGUCUUCAAGAUGUGCCCACCUGGCAGGAGUGGUCCGCCGAGCAAUCCGAAGGCGGCAAGAUCGUUGGUGUUGACCCUACCACCGUUACAGCUNCGUACGUAUCUCACGCAUACCUAAUCGACACCACUGACUUCGUGCCAGCCGAUGCGCGUAAACUGUCCGAGAAGAUCAAGAAGAAGGGCGGCAAGGACCUCAUCGCCGUCAAAGAGAACCUCGUAGACUCGGUCUGGGGUUCAGCAAGACCUGCUAGACCAAACGAAAAGGCCGAUGUCCUGACGCUCGAUUUCGCCGGCAAGAAGUUCCAGGACAAGAUUGAGGACUUGCGUAAAGAUCUGGACAAGAAAAAGAGCGCCGGCUUCGUCGUCUCGAUGCUCGAUGAGGUCGCUUGGCUAUACAAUCUGCGUGGAAGCGAUAUACCGUACAACCCCGUCUUCUUUUCCUACGCCGUUGUCACUCCAACUACCAGUACCCUAUACAUCGACGAGUCGAAGCUCACUGCUGCCGCAAAGACGCAUCUCUCGGGUGUUGAAAUCCGACCCUACGAUUCUAUCUUUACCGACAUGGAAGCCUUUUCCUCGUCCUCUACCGGAGACAACAAGUACCUUGUUUCCAACAAGGCUUCUUGGGCGCUGUACCAGGCACUCGGUGGAGAGGACAAGGUCGAUUUGGUGCGCAGCUUGAUCGGCGACGCCAAAGCCAUCAAGAACGAAACCGAGAUGAAAGGUAUGCGCGAAUGCCAUAUUCGUGAUGGCGCUGCACUGAGCGAAUACUUCGCAUGGCUUGAAGGCCAGCUUGUCAACGAAAAGGCCAAGAUUGAUGAAGUCGAGGCUGCCGACAAGCUGGAGUCUAUCCGGGCUAAGCACAAGCACUUUGUCGGUCUUUCCUUCGACACGAUAUCUUCCACUGGCGCGAAUGCUGCUGUCAUCCACUACAAGCCAGAGCCCGGCGCAUGCAGUGUGAUCGAUCCCAAGGCGGUGUAUCUGUGCGAUUCAGGCGCUCAGUACCUUGAUGGUACGACAGAUACCACUCGCACCAUGCACUUUGGCGAGCCGACGGACAUGGAGCGCAAAGCGUACACUCUUGUAUUGAAGGGCCACAUCGCUCUGGACAACGUCAAGUUCCCCAAAGGCACCACUGGAUAUGCUAUUGAUGUUCUAGCCAGGCAAUUCCUUUGGGCUGAGGGACUCGAUUAUCGUCAUGGCACUGGGCAUGGUGUUGGAUCAUUCCUCAACGUUCACGAGNGGCCUAUCGGCAUUGGCACCAGAGUUGCUUACAGUGAGGUGCCGCUGGCCGUCGGCAAUGUCAUAUCAAAUGAGCCUGGAUACUACGAGGACGGUGCAUUCGGCAUCAGAAUAGAGAAUAUGUUCAUGGUAACGGAAAAGAAGACGACACACCAGUUUGGCGACAAGCCUUACCUGGGCUUCGAGCAUGUUACAAUGACCCCAAUGUGCAAGAAGCUCACGGACGCAUCGCUUCUCAGCUCGGAGGAGAAGCAGUGGUUGAACGACUACCACUCAAAGGUCUACGAGAAGACCAAGGGAUACUUCACUCACGACCAGAGAACGAUGAAGUGGCUCGAAAGAGAGUGCGCAGCAUAC